AUGGCAUCGAGCCGACACGUCUCGCGCUGGCGGCUGUGCCAUCCGCCCCAGGCCUCGGACAGCGCUGAAACUUCGCCCAGCUCUUCUCCAGACGUGUCUCCACCUGUUGCAACAGUUUCAGCCUCCACGCCCCCCGUGUCGCUGCGGUACCUCAAUGAGUUCGUGGGCAAGCUGCACUGCGCGCCCGCCCUGCUGCGGCACGGCUUGUUCCCGGACGCCAAGGAGGUCACAGAGAGCAUGGCGCUGUUCAACGCCGUCCGCCGAUACAUGGAGCCCAAAAGCAGUGGAGAAGAGCUGCAGGGCGACGGCAAGCACAACGGAAUCGUCGUCGUGGGAGACGGCAACACUCCUCGGACGGCCGCAAUGUUUGCGUUCCGGAUGCGAGGGUGGAAGUGUUACAGUGUGGACCCGGCGAUGGAGAAGGGGACGAGCGAGCGGUCGAAGGGGUGGGCGGACGUGGCGAAUCUCGUUGUGGUUCGCAACAAGAUUGAGAACGUGCGCAUCGCCCUGAGGCGGGCAAUUGUGGUUCUGGUGCACGCCCACGUGACGCUGGACCAGGCGCUGAGCGCCGUGCAGGCGGAGCAGGUGUGCGGAGUCGUGACGCUGCCGUGCUGCAACUGGUACGGCAAGCAGGAGCUUCUCUUUGGCCGCGGCCCAGAUCUUGUGUACGACGACUUCAGCGUGCUCUCGGACCACCGGGAGAUUCGCUUGUGGGUUGGAGACGAGUCUGCUCAUGCUCCUGGCAGUGUUGACACCUCCCACGCUGAUCUCUCGUUGGCGUCGAGUGUCAUGAAGGGCUGCGUGCGCAAAGAGCUGCGACACGAUGGCGUGCUCGAUUUCAUCGGCGACACGUUGGGCGAGCUAUCCCGUGAUGCGUCGACGAUGACUCCGGAAGAGUACAUCGCAGAGGAACAGACAAUGGGGAGCAGUGUACCGUCGGCUGUGGCGUCGCAUCUCGGAAUGGACACGCACGUACUCGCUCUUGGUUGGCACCCACGGCGCUUAGUCGUGCGCUUGCUGCUGCGUGAUGGCUACACCAACGUGUACACGGUUUCUCUUGCUGAGGAACUGCCGUUCAGUGUUGCUGACAAUGGCGAGCGCGGUAUCAAACGACUGAAGCUGCAGCUUCACAAGUGCAGCAAGAUCACUGUGUCGUUUGAAAGAGAAGGAGAACCAGCGCCACCGCUCGCCUGCGUCCUGGAUGCUGGAUUCCUCUUUCGAGGUUUCCGUGGUCGCGCCAAGAAGAGCCCCGCCUUUUUCCGCCUCCUUGCGUCUCUGGUCUGCUUGACACCACGCAAGCAAUGGCGGAAGAAGGAGUUCCUGACGCACCCAGACCUGGGCUACGACGUGCAGUCGCUUAUUGCAACGCGGAAUCAGUCCCCAGAUACGCCAGUGUACGUCUACUGCUGCUUCAAGCGCCAAGCCAUCGCGGCACUCGCUACCACUGAGCAAGCUUCCAAACCUGAGCCUGGCACCGACACCAUCGCCCGAGAUGCCGCUCUUGAGACGUGGCUAGGACUGGAGACGGAAUUGAAUACGAGGAAGAGUGAGCUCGGAGACCAGCUCGUUGUUAUGGACAGCCCCGCCGCGCGAGUGAAGGCUGCACAAGAUCAAGAGCAAGCUGUUACCGAUAACCUGACUGAUCCUCGGAAAGUCUACAUCCAAGCGACAGGUGAAAUCUCCCGUGUUCGUAGAUUCAGCAAUGGCAUGGCCUUCGUCUCACUGGAAUUAGCUGGAAGUGGGUACGAUAGACCACUCCAGGUUUUCUUGCAGCGUGACACACUUGGAUGGUCUUUGGAGAUGUUCGCAAAGGUGGUGAGUCUGCUUCGAAAGGGCGACGAGCUGGUCGCAGUGGGAUUCAUGGCUCGCAACGCGCGUGGUCACUCAAUGCUGCAGGUGGAAGCCUUGUCCUUGGCGCGCACAGGCGAGUUCGAAGCUUACAAUUAGACGCGCUGGGACUCACUAGGAGCUGGAAAUGGAUUUAACUUUCCCUUUCGGCUCGGACUUGUGAACUGUUUAGCUGUUAGGACGAAGCCAUUGGAAUUGGAAGGAGAAAUCGGCUCCUGAAAGCAAAAACAAAAACAGUUUGUCAAAAUUGAGCGUCUACCCCAAGGUAAGUAAGAACUUACCAAAGUGUACAACGCGAAACGUUAGCGUGAAGAGCAUCCAUAAAAUGACUUUUGAGACG